CUAGGAGCGCAUGAGACAAGCUUAAAGGUGAGUGGGCGAGUCUCUACGAUUUCCAGAAGAGGGUCGGGCACAGCUUUUUCUACUUCAUACUUUUUGACGUGGCAACGUAACGUUGAAUAGCUAGUUGAAAGAGGUCUUCGUCCGCCAUUAUUAACCCUCUGCUCGUAGUCUAAUUCGGGCUCGUUCAUUCUUUGGAAUCCGUUGCGUUCGAUUCAGAGUCCGUUAUAUUCUUAAGUUAUUCCAUCCAACUUUGCAAUGGGAAACGUUUUCGCCACCCUGUUCAAAGGCCUAUUUGGCAAAAAGGAAAUGAGAAUAUUGAUGGUUGGACUUGACGCAGCUGGUAAAACUACAAUUCUCUACAAACUCAAGUUAGGUGAAAUCGUCACAACAAUUCCCACAAUUGGUUUCAAUGUAGAAACAGUUGAAUAUAAAAACAUAUCUUUCACUGUUUGGGAUGUUGGUGGCCAGGACAAAAUUCGACCAUUGUGGAGACAUUACUUCCAAAACACACAAGGUCUCAUCUUUGUAGUUGAUUCUAACGAUCGUGAGCGUAUUGGUGAAGCCCGAGAAGAGUUGAUGAGGAUGCUGGCCGAAGAUGAACUCCGUGAAGCCGUGUUGCUUAUUUUUGCAAACAAACAAGAUUUGCCGAACGCUAUGAACGCCGCCGAAAUCACAGAUAAACUUGGACUUCAUUCUCUGCGCAACCGUAACUGGUAUAUCCAAGCAACCUGUGCCACCAGUGGAGAUGGACUUUACGAAGGGCUUGACUGGCUUUCAAACCAAUUGAAAAAUGCGUCGCGCUAAAGAAAAGAAGAUAAAAAGAAACAAGAUUUUCAAAUUCAUAUUUUUCAGCUCUAGUAAUCCUUGCCUCUCGGCCUCCUUCGCCACCUUUCAUCUUUUUUUUUUUGCCCCCCUUCCAUCGAGAGUAAGAAAAAGGAAGGCAAACACUUCUGAUCCUACUUGAGGGUCCUCUCGCUGCUCUUACAAGGGACAUUCCUGGUUUAUUCAUUUCAGAUAAAUUCUUUUUUCUCUUCAAAAAUGGAAGUAAGCUUUUUUUUUUCUAAUGUUCGUAAUCGGUUUAUUAGCACUUGAGGCAAGGACGUCUGUAUAUUGAGAACCAAAAAGGCGAUUUAAAAAAAGCAGCGGUACUGAACAAGUGUUGCCACCUUUUGUUUCUGUUUUUCCGUGUGCUACAGUUAGGCCCUCAUCAUCCUCCAUCUUUUUCAUCCCUUCUAUUUUAAAUCUAAAUUUGUCUUGUGCAAAAAAAGGUAAAAUCUUGAGUACGCCAGCAAACAUAAUCGAUACCAACGAUGAACAGUCCCCCUUUAUUUUCUAUUUCCAUUUUGUUGUUUCCUCUUUAUUAGUUAUCUUUUUCGGUUAAUCUUGGAAAAGAUCUUGGAAAAGAAACAAAUGGGACGAGAACAUCGCGAGUUUCUCUCAGUGUGCUGGGUGAUUCCAGCUGGAUAUGUGCUGUUUGUUGCAUACAAGGCAAUACACAUCUGCCCAGCCGUUUA